AUGACGCCCCGGGCGCGCGGCCUAGGUCUGUCCUUGACACGCGGUGGGUCUGCAGACUGCUGGGACACAAGAGAGAGCGGCUGGGAGGGCCCCACCCGCACCCUGGGCAGGCCGUCCGCAAGCCCAGGCCUCGGGGAAGGGGAUGGAGGGUGGGCCUGGGGAGUCCAAGAGCAAGAAGGGAGCCGGAGCCCCGAGCCCUGCUUGGCCUGCUCUGCCGGGCCUCCCCUUGAACCUGCAGACUCCUGCCCCGAGGCUGGUGGAGGCCCGGCUUCCCCCAGGCCCUCCCCUGGCUGGAGGCGGAACUGCCCCUGGGAAGGCAGCUCGGGUGCAGAGAAGUGGAGAAGGGCGAGGCCGGCUCUGCAGCUGCUCAAUAACCGGGACUGGAAGGAUAUUGAUGGGAUGGAGCUAAAAUUUAAAACCACAGACGCUGAAGUCUGUCUCUGUAGGGAGACGUCCUUUACAGCAGAUGCCCUGCGGGCUGGCACUAGACACACUCUAGUUUCUUGCUUUAAAAAAAGAAAGGAAACUUCUUUGACUCCACCUCCAGGACAGUCCUAUCUUUUGCUUCCCCUUCAAGGCCACUUUCAAGGAGUAGUUUGCACGGCCUGUGGCCGGGUCCUCACCUCCCACUCACUCCUCCUUGGACUUUUAUUCGGCUUCCAGCUCCACCAAAGCGGGGAGACGUCGGGCAGUAAAUCAGCAGCGAUUUCCCGGCCGCUCCUGUCCAGGGCCACCUCGUGGUCCUUACCCCGGGCAGCAGCAUCCCCAGGUCCUCGGGCCGGGGCGCCCGGGGUCACCUCCUUCCGAGAACUGACACCCUUGGCCCCUGGCUCACCUGCCCCGCGAUCCUGGUGUUGUAGAAGGAUCUGGAAGGCCUAUGUGGCUACUGCUCAGUGUGCUGGCAGCAGGACUGAGGAUUUCUCCAGUGUGAGACCCUGUGGCUUGGAAUCAGAAGAGAGGCAAGGUCCAAGAGGAAGCGGAAGACUAAUGACCAGAGCUUUAAGGCCUGACAAAUGUGAAAGCGCAAAGUGGCAAGGAAAUCCCGCGUGUAGCAUCUUCCUGGAAUUGGGCGCUGAGCUGGUUUGCAGUUGGCAUUUCUCAGUAAUCGGGGUGGAGGCCCCAUGGACUCUUCAACUUGGUCCUGUUUGCACAAUUCAGACCCCGGGGUCUUAACUGUCUUGGAGCUUGGGUGCGCGGAGUGGGGAAGGGGAGAAGGACAGGCGGGGAG